GGCUGGUGAGGAGGGAUGUAGCCCAUCUCCAGGAGCUGGAAGGUGAGAAGCCGGAGGACCGGCUCCGAGGGAGGUUAUAAAAGGCAGGAGCGGGUCGCUGAGCAAAGGGGAGGGCGAGAGGUCCCUGCCCGCCUCCCUGCAGCCCCGCCGGGACCCGGACACGCUCCUUUGCACGAAGCCCAGAGGAUUUUGUCCCCGACGGCAGAAGGAGCCCAGCGGGAGUGGGGACCGCUGCCAGCCAUGCCCCGGAGAGCUGGGCGCAGUGGGAGUUAAGGAUGGUGCCCAGCCUACGUCCUGCUCUCCUCCUCCUCCUGCAGGCAUUUCUCCUCUGGGAUAGCCCUGUUGCAGCCUCCAUCCAAGAGCAGUACUGCGAGAGCCUGCCGCCCAUCACCAACCACACAGGUCCCCAGUGCAACGCCUCAGUAGACCUGAUCGGCACGUGUUGGCCCCGGAGUGCUGUGGGACAGCUGGUAGCUCGCCCCUGCCCCGAAUAUUUCUAUGGCGUGCGGUACAACACCACGAAUAAUGGCUACAGGGAGUGCCUCGCUAACGGGAGCUGGGCAGCACGGGUCAACUAUUCCCAGUGCCAGGAGAUCCUCAGCGAAGAGAAGAAGAGCAAGCUGCACUACCACAUCGCCGUCAUCAUCAACUACUUGGGGCACUGUGUCUCGCUGGGGGCCCUCCUCGUGGCCUUCGUGCUCUUCAUGCGCCUGCGGAGCAUCCGGUGCCUGAGGAACAUCAUCCACUGGAACCUGAUCACAGCCUUCAUCCUACGCAAUGCCACGUGGUUCGUGGUGCAGCUCACGAUGAACCCAGAGGUGCACGAGAGCAAUGUGGUCUGGUGCCGCUUGGUCACUGCUGCCUACAAUUACUUCCAUGUCACCAACUUUUUCUGGAUGUUCGGCGAGGGCUGCUACCUGCACACAGCCAUCGUGCUCACCUACUCCACAGACAAGCUCCGCAAGUGGAUGUUCAUCUGCAUCGGCUGGUGUAUCCCCUUUCCCAUCAUCGUCGCCUGGGCCAUCGGGAAGCUGUACUACGACAACGAGAAGUGCUGGUUUGGGAAGCGAGCAGGAGUUUAUACCGACUACAUUUACCAAGGCCCCAUGAUCCUGGUGCUUCUGAUCAACUUCAUUUUUCUCUUCAACAUCGUCCGAAUCCUCAUGACGAAGCUCCGAGCUUCAACCACAUCAGAGACAAUCCAGUACAGGAAAGCAGUCAAGGCCACGCUGGUGUUGCUGCCCUUGCUGGGAAUCACCUACAUGCUGUUCUUUGUCAACCCGGGGGAGGAUGAGAUCUCCAGGAUUGUCUUCAUCUACUUCAACUCCUUUCUGGAGUCCUUCCAGGGCUUCUUUGUCUCUGUCUUCUACUGCUUCCUGAACAGCGAGGUCCGAUCAGCUGUACGGAAGCGGUGGCACCGGUGGCAGGACAAACACUCCAUCCGUGCCCGCGUGGCUCGGGCCAUGUCCAUCCCCACCUCCCCGACCCGCGUCAGCUUCCACAGCAUCAAGCAGUCCUCGGCUGUCUGAGCCGGGAGCGAGCUGCUGUUCAGGAUGGGGGAGCCGUGUGGGACCCCUGACAUGGCACAGCACAGGAGCCAGGUCCUGCCUGCACCCACCAAUCUCGCAGAGGACGCACAAACUCGCUGCAGCUAUGGGAAACCCUACAGAAGCUUCUGUCCUGCUCGCUGGGUGAGACCUGUAGGAUAGGACAGCUGAGCUGCUGCUUUGUCAUCUCCCUGGCAGCAGUGUGACCUGCUGGGGUGGCGGAAGGAGACAGAGGACCCCAGAGAGGUUGCAGCAACCUCCCUGCCUGCCUCCCUCCUGGGCACGAUGGCCCAUAUCCCAUGGCUGCCUCUCUCGAGUUUGUCACUGCUUUGAGGUGACAGGACACCAGAAGAGCUUGUGGGGCUAAUCCCUUGGGAAGCUGGCUCACCCUUCCAGUGGGUGCAUGCUGGGGGGGGCCAGAACCCUCGUGGGUGGCCAAAGCCCUCUGAGUUGAUGGGGGAUGGAUGGAGAGCCCUGGAGUGAUGGAAGACAUUGCUUUAUUUGGCCGUGUUUUUGUACCACUGGGGUUAUUCAAACCCUUCCCCUGCCCCUUGCUGGGUCCCUGGGACGUCCUGUAACUGCUGCCUGCUCUGACCAGGUCAUUUCUCAUCUUGACACCGAGGAUGUGAGGCAGAGCAAGGAGGUGGGAGAUGGGAGGGAACCAUACAAGGGACGGGGAUGAGUCCAAGGGGCUCUGAACAACCACAGAGAAGGGGCUUGGUCUCAAGGGAGGCAUGAGGUUUAGUUAAUCCUGCGGCCCGGCCCAGCCCAGAGGGGUGUGCAGGAUGUUGCAAAACCCCUGGACCUCAAGCUGACUCCAUGCCCCUGCUCGGGGAGUGGAAAGGCGAAGGAGCGCUGCAGUGAAGCGGGGGCUGAGCUCCCCAAAGGCAGCUACUGUGGGGACAUGCCAUGGCUUUGCUCCCCUCCUCCCUGCUCUGCUUUUACCCAUGCAGGUGGGCUCAGUGCCAAAGCUGCUCCUUGCCCUUACGCAGGGGAUGGGGCCAAAUCAUUCCCGCGCUGGGGUUAAGUGCCUUGGAGGAGCGGCAGCCUCCCUCCCCGUGCUGGGGACCUCCGAUCAUCUCCCAUGCUGCUGCCAUCUGCCCUUGAUGCUCCAUUUCACGUGGUCACCAAAAGCAGAUGAGCAGAGAGGUCCGUGCAGGGUGGAGGGUUUUGCCCUGACCUCCUUGGAGCCACGUUCUUCCUGCCCCUUGUGAGGUCUGGGGAUGCUCGGGCAAGGGGAGGAUGCCAGAGGGGUUACGGGCCAGCUCUGCUCUCUUCAUCCCAGGGAUUUUGCUGCUGGGGCCCUGCAGGGUCUGGUACAUGUCCCUUCACACUUCUGUGCCUCAGUUUCCCCACUAUAGAGAACAGGCAUAAAUAUUUCCUGCCCUGGGGAGAUUUAGGGAUCUUUGAAAUUGUAGUAAUUUGUGAUUUCCUCAGAAUACACCACCAGAAAGGAAUAAAAUCUUUCUUUUUUUCCUUAAA